AUAUUCACCUGGAAGUCGUGCCUUCACUGUUCCACUGAGGAGUCUAAAAAAUGAAUGUUGCUUAUAUAUUUGCUCUUGAUUCUGUAGAUCUUCAAUUUAACUGAUAAAUACUUGAACUAUUGUUGUGUGAGUUAAUCAUUUCUGAUUAUUUUGCAUCGCACAUGAUGCAGUUUAUGUUGGAUCGAGCAACUAAGCUUGUGAUGUUUCUCUUAUGGAUGAAAUAUAUUGAAUUCCAUACUUGAAACACAAUGAAAUUUGUUGAAUCAAGUUUGGACUGAGUUGCAAUUAAAGCAUGUAUUGCAUUUUUUUAUGUUCGUCAAUUGAUUGGUAUUGGACAGCUAUAGUAAUGGAGUCAUACAUUCUUCUCUUGGAAAUAUCGAAUCCUUUGAUGUCAAUCAAUCCAUUAAUAGUAAAUUAAUACUUAGUCAAAUUGUUUCAUACUAUCCAUAUUACGUGUAAUGAAACUAUGAGAGUCACGGCAAGGUUGAAGAAUGGAGACUGGAGGCUACAAAAACGCUUUGUCCUUAACGGUUUGCCUAAGAGGGAGGUAUAGGAUCUUAAGGAAAAAACCUUCAGGCGAAGAAUAUUUUUGGUCCAUAAAUUGGUGGAGCAGCAGAGAUAUAGAUUCGGUUUUGGAUUUCAUUGCUAUCAAUGAAUAUUUUUUGUUGGCGGUACUGUUUAAAAAUGAUUAAGUCUCCCAUUUGUAUGAUUUAAGUUUUUUGCUGAGAUUUUUUCCUAAUAAUUUUGGUUUAUGAGCAGUACGACUAGACUCUUUCCACUUUUUGGUGAUUGUUUCGUCACUAAGGGUUGAAUAGGUGUUUGAAUUUGGAUGAUUUGGUGCCAAAGUGGUGACUGUCAGGUCUGUUAUAAGCGUAAUGGCUUUUCUUUAGCCAAUGUUUUGUUUUGUUUUAUUUGGUGAGGGAUGUUUUCUCUUUGUAGGGAUGUUUGUGCUUUGUGUAGCAUGAUAUUAUUUGGAUUUCUGCAUGCAAUAGGCUAGUUGGAUGAAGGACUUUUUGGAAAUAAAUUGUUUGUGAGAAAGACUUUCAGAUGGUAAACGAAAAUGAUUGGUUUUCCUAGAUUGCAAAGGAUAGUUACCCCAGGUUUUCCUAACACAUCAACUAGGGAAUACAGGUGUCGUGAAUAUGAAUCAACAUCCCUAUUAGCAUACUGAUGUGGUCUUUGCUUUAGACUUCUCCUCUAGGAAUAUGUUGAAUGAUUAAGAAUCUUGAUCAUUAUAUUAAGGAAAGUCAGAGAGGCAGAAUGCAGUUUUAUUUUGAUCAACGUAGUAAGCAAUAUAUAGGUUUUCUCGGAUGUCCCAAGACCAACUAAUCUUCUGUCUGGCUGAAUCAUUAACCUCUGCACAUCUAGGAAAUGAUUCUUUGUGUAUGAAAGCUAGCGAUCUGCUUUAUUCCUAUUUCUCGUCCUCAGACUUCCCUUAGAUGGUAAUUGAAAGCUUGUCAAACUUCGUGACUAAACUUUUAAAAUAGCUUAAAUGGUUAUAAAGUUCUUACCAAAGAAGUGAACUUGUUAUCCAACCAAUUGAGUGUUUGCUAUACAUGGUAAUCCUGCUUUGCUAAAACGUGUUGUUCUUUCCCUUGCCAAAAGAGGUGCAAGGAAACAUUAUGUGGAUCCUCUUCUUGAAUGGUAAGUAAUUGAAGCCAUCAAAGGUUGAAUUGGCUUUUCCUUACAAACUCAUUUUAUAGAGGAGAAAUUAGCCAAAACUCAUUGAGAGUUUUGAGAGCUCUUUAAGAACCUUUAAUGUUCUUUGUUUUGUUUAUCGAGGCUAUCUAAAUGUAUCAUAUAAGUCGAGUAUGACAGAAUCUUGGCAUAUCCAGGAUAUAAAUUCUGACGCAGAUUUUCACUUUAACACUAUUAUUUAAAUCCUUCCUAGCUGCAAUCACAGAUCUGUCACUUCAACACCAGUAAGAGAGUAUAUGAAGUGUUAAUGAUUUAUCCACUGAUGAAUUUCAAAAUUUCUGCCAGUUUUGGGAGGGAAAAGAAUUGUCUUACUGAAGAAUCGUCCUAGCGUGAAAAGCAUGAAUUGGAGGGGGUUACGCUCGUUUUAGUUGAAGGCACAUGUCAUAUAUGCAGCCAAGACCUUUCCAUUGCCAUAAAUGCAAGUUGUCUUUUGUGGAAAAACCAUUAUUUCUCAUUAGCAGUUUAGCAUUCAGCUAUUCCAUUCACCACCAUAGUCAAGUGCAUAUCUUUUCUUGAGUUGUCUGUGCUGCCAUCAAUACUUUUGGUGUGAAGUUGGUUUUUCCUUUUUUCCCCCUCUAUUUCCUUGAACAGGUUUUCAUCGAAGCCUGAAUCAUCUGCUGCCAUCAAGAGAUAGUCAUCCCUAAUGCCUUGAUCAAGAAACUUUGCCCUAAAAACAGAACUUCAUGCUGAAGCUGAAGUCUGUUGGAUAUGGAGAAAGCGGCAGCUUGACACCAUCUUGAAUGAGUUUUUUUAUUUUCUUCCUACUUUACUGGGAGACUGUAAACCAUAUCCUUGUAAGGUCAUCUAGGUUAUUUGCUAAGGUAGAGUGCAUUUUACCCCCUAGAUGCUACUUUAAAGUUACAGAAAAUGUUAAAUAACGGGAAGUCUUUUGGCAGAAAAAUCACUCUAUAAUGCAAUUGGCUUUUAUAAUUUGAUCUCUUCUCUUGUCUCAGUUUACUUGUAAGGAGGAGAGUGAGUAUUGUGAGAUUACAGGAAAAAUAGCUCUUUUUUAUUGUUGGGACAAAAAUCUGAUGGCACCCUUUGAAGUUUUUAAUUGAGACCUUCUUCCAUUAUUUUUCUCUAUGUUCUAGCAUAUGUUGCGCAUUAGAAGUAGCAGUUUGACCCAAAUGAUAUUGCAUCUCGGUAGGUUAGGAACUUAGGAGUACUGUAAGGCUCUUGGAAAGCGGAACUAUAUAGGAGAUCCCACAUGAAACUCUUAAUAUACUGCCAGCUUGCUUUAUUUCCAUUUAUAAUUCUAAAUCUAGUAAAAAAGGUAUUAGAUUUUAUUAAGAUGUCUCUCUCAAAUGUCUACUUGCAGUAAUUUUCUGUUGAUUACUUAAUGAAAUUUUGAUUUUGUUUGCUAUAUGUUUCGGCGAAGCCAGAACCAAUAUGGGAAAACAAGGGCCGUGCCGCCAUUGUGGUGCUAGAGAAACUCCUCUUUGGAGACAUGGUCCAGCAGAGAAACCGGUUUUAUGCAAUGCCUGUGGAUCGAGGUGGAGGCUAAAGGGAACACUUGAUGAUUAUACUCCCAAGCGCUACCGUUCAGUUGUUAGGAAACGAAGAUUCCCAAAUGCCAGAGAUGUCCAUGAAGAGGAGUGGAUCGUGAAUACCGGAGAGGUCACAUUAGGUGAUCUCAACUUUAAUGAAUCAUUAGCUUCCAAUAACACUGUUGCGGAAAGCGAAAAUCCAGAUAUGCAAGACGACAAUCAAGUUCCACCAGUAAAGUAUAGCUUUGCACACAUCGAAAGUCUCCAAAAGGAACUUUAUGAAAUGUAUAUUGAUCAACAAUAUGCUUCCACCGUCGCAGCUUCAGAGCUCAUCUUCGAUAAUCUUAAUGGCAGCCUAAAACAUGACAAUGAGAUAGGGUUGGGAGUUGUGAUGCUUAACGCACCGAUAGUUGCCAAGGAGGAAAAAUCUGGAUCAUCUCCUUUUUUGUGGAAAAAGAAUGUUUUAGCCUCACAUGCCAAAGCUACAGGAGAAGUCUUCUUAAAAAUGGACGACAUAGAUAGCAGUCAGGGUAUUGCUACUCCACGAGCACCAGCAGAUCCAAAGUUUACAUCUCUGGAGAGGUAUAAGUCUGUUGCUGAAGUAUCUCAAGUCCGUUCAUCUUUUGCGCCCGGAGGAGAUUUGUCGCAAUAUGUCCGUAUGUCAGCUGGCGGCGUGCUGAAGACCAAGAAUAAGGAAUCAAUUGGCAAACCAGCACCUGGCUCUUCCUCAAUCGAUGGUGAUGUCGGCUGCGCUGGAAUUGGGAAAGAGUCCAUGCCAUUGAAGGAGAAAUUGACUUGCGUAUGCUGCUGCAGCUCAUCCAGGCCGUUUAACUGAUGAUAGUUCUCUGGAAUUAGUGCCCUUUACAAUUGAACCUUUUGGGUUUGUUAGCUGGCCCAGCUUAUGUUUCUCCCAUCAAGUUACAACUUGAAAACCAGUUCUUAUGUCGUGGGUAGCGUCUUGUUGAAUGCAUGAUGGCACAUGGCUCUCUUUCUUUACCCCCCUCCCUUUUCCAGCUUUAUAAUGUAAGUUGCUGGAUGUGACUUUUGAAGAUUAAAGACACCAUCAUCGGUGGGUCCUUCUACUGGCAACUUUUCUUUGACAUCUGUAAUUUUCUCAUUAAUAAUAAUUUACCUGUUAUAUAUCA